CUAACCCAAAGUAUAGAAGUCUUCGGCAGAAUACUUUUGAAGUUCUCUCUUGUGCACUAAGUACAAAGUGCAGACAAUGUGAUUUUCUAAGCAUAAGGAUAGCUUUAAAUCAUAAAUUUAUUGAGUUUCUAAACGCGCUAGGAAGUAUAUAGUCCUUUUCAGGCCAUAGGCACUAAACAAACUUUUCAUGUUUAUACAAAAAAGAAAUUAAAACGAGGGACAUAUAUAGUUUAAAAUCUUUUACCUCUAUACAUGUUACCCAAAUGGUGAAAGCCAAUCCGGUAAUUUCGCAAAGCAGAAAGUCCAACAAUUAAAGUAGAUAAUAACAAAAUUACUUGUAAAUUAUAAUAAUUGCGGUGACAUUUGCGGUCCUACGGCCAAAACAAUGGUUUCUGUAUAAAAGGUAAGAAAAUGGAGGCUUAAAUCAGUUCCAUUGCAAUGAGCACUCCUGUGAGACCUUCUAGUCGCUUUAGCGAACUAUCUAAGUACAUCAAUAGUUUGACCAAUUUACUUGGCGUGGAUAUCCUUGCGCCCAAAAUGGAAUUUAACUAUCGCACCUGGACCACGAUUUUUGCGAUAGCUAACUAUACGGCAUUCACGGUGUUUACGAUCCUAAAUGGAGGUGACUGGAGAGUUGGACUGAAGGCCAGCCUCAUGAUUGGUGGUCUUAUCCACGGACUCGGAAAGUUCCUGACUUGUCUGCUGAAGCAUAAGGAAAUGAGACGCACAGUCCUUUACACACAGGGCAUUUACGAGGAGUACGAGAAUCGUGGAGAGUCCUACCACAAAACCUUGAAUUUGAACAUAGAUCGUCUUCUGGGCAUUAUGAAGAUUGUUCGAAACGGCUAUGUAUUCGCUUUUUGUUUAAUGGAAAUCCAGCCGUUGGCCAUGCUUAUGUACGAUGGAACCCGGGUCACUGCGAUGCAGUAUGUAAUUCCAGGUCUACCGCUUGAGAAGAAUUAUGGCUACGUAGUCACGUAUCUGAUUCAGUCGGUCACAAUGGUCGUGACAGGAGUCGGAUUCUACGCCGGUGACUUGUUCGUAUUUCUCGGCCUAACGCAGAUCCUAACUUUCGCCGAUAUGCUGCAGCUAAAGGUGAAUGACCUAAAUGAUGCCCUGAAGCAAAAAGCGGAAACCAGAGUUCUGGUGCCAGUUGGAGCUUCUGUUAAAGGAGAGGCAAAUCGACAACGCCUUCUCUUAGAGGUUAUCAAAUGGCAUCAGUUAUUCACGGAGUACUGUCGCGCCAUAAAUGCCCUCUACUACGAGUUGAUUGCCACCCAGGUUCUCUCGAUGGCUUUGGCUAUGAUGCUCAGCUUCUGCAUUAAUUUGAGCAGCUUUCACAUGCCAUCGGCCAUCUUUUUUGUGGUUUCUGCGUACAGCAUGUCCAUCUAUUGCAUUUUGGGCACCAUUCUUGAGUUUGGAUAUGACCAGGUGUACGAGGGCAUCUGCAACGUGGCGUGGUAUGAGUUGAGUGGCGACCAGCGAAAACUAUUUAGUUUUUUGUUGCGGGAAUCCCAGUAUCCGCACAAUAUACAGAUACUUGGAGUUAUGCCGCUUUCCGUGAGAACUGCUCUACAGGUGAGUAAAUGAGCG